UUUGAACUCGAAAUAUCACUUCCGUAUUUUGGGGGAGGCACAUGAUAUUAGGCCUAAAUGCCAAUCUAACGUUUGUUUUCCAUUUCAUGAAGAUAUGUGCAGGAUUACAUGACAAGAAUAAUGACACUCUGUAUGGAAUUCACAUAACUAUAUUUAGUUGCUUGAUGGAUAAAGUUAAGUGGAAAUAAUUUAAAUAUAUUCUGAGCUGUGCAGUGAUGUCUAUUAUUCAAGUGAAGGGAAGCGGGGGCAGUGUGGCAGCCGACAGAUCCCCAUUUUAUGGCGGCAGGGUGCCCCCUGAGAUCAAGGCCAUCAGCAAACCUAUGGCUAAGAUUGAUAAACAAACUUUCAGAAAAUUGUUACAAAUGAUUGUUUCCUCCAUGGAAGGAAAACGAAUUGAUAGCUGUUUGCUGAAGGAAUUAGAACAUGACAUUUUCAGUGAGGAAGUCUUGAGUAUCGUUUACACUGGUUUGUACUCCCUACUGAGACGGGCUAUAAGACUACCACUAACUUCAUUGAAACCAGAGAUGUUCAAGGAGGAUAUCAAAGAAUUAAACAUUCCUGAAGAGUUUCAUAGUGAUCUUGCAAGUGUUAUAUUUGGUUCGAGGGGGCCACAGAUUAAUGCAUACUGCCUAGAGAAUCAACCUCGACUACAGAGAUUAGACUGUCUCAAGUGGAGAGUGGACGUAGCUAUAUCCACAAGGAAUUUUGUGGAAAAAAAACCAUUUUUUGUUCCUGUUGCCAAAUUUCAUGAACUACGAUACAGUGUUGCUUUUGUUCUGAAAGAAAUGGAAGACUUAGAAAAACGAAGUAUUCUAAAAAUAAAAGACUAAAGGUUCUGAAUAUUUACAUGGACAAUGCAGUUAUGAUGUUUUAAUAUGUGCUACCAAUAUGUGAAACUUCCCAUGGUAUCCUGGGAUCUAGGAAUGGAUCAUAAGUGUUAAUAUGUGAAUUGGUGUGACAGUUUGAUCAUUAAAGAUUUUCCACUAUCUGGUAACAUAACUGGUCAGUGUUAAUUUUACAGAGGAACAUUUAUGUAUGAUGUCUCCUGACUAGUACAUGUAGGUAUAAAGUAUCAGGAUUUCAUUGGGAUCUUAUGCCUUGGUGCAGCUUCCAUCGUCCUGCUUUUAUCAUCCAGCGUCCAACAAUUUAACACUACUUGUCAUGAACCACUGAGCAGAUUUAAACCAAAUUUAGUGUGGAGCAUCCUUGGGCGAAGAAGAGCCAGUUUUUAUUUGUUACAAACCUUUUUCUGUAUGCUUUAAAGAAAUUGGUCCAUAUUUAGUCUGAAGUAUCCAUGAAAGAAGUUGGUCCAUAUUAAGUCUGAAGUAUCCAUGAAAGAAGUUGGUCCAUAUUAAGUCUGAAGUAUCCAUGUGUAAAGGGGAACACACUUGAAUAUAAGUUGGCUCUGGGCCUGUAGAGACCAGAUAUAUAUUAUUACUUUGAAAUCCCUCUUCUUUUGAAGAAACAAAAGGAUUUAGUCAACAUUGGGUCUCAAGUCUCCUUUGGUGAAGGAGAACCAAUAUUGUAUAAAUGAUGAACUUUGCCCACUACGGGCCUGAGGAGCUCAACAGGGGAAAAGUUUACCAGAUUGGUUAACAUCCUUCUUCGGCUGUAUGAAUGAAAAGAUUUGGUCCAUGUCUGGUCUGAAGCAUCCUUGGGUGAAUGGGAACCAAUUUUGUAUGAAUUAAGGGCUUGGCUUCCUAGGAACCUGGGGGAUGGGGCAAAACAGGGAAAAUAUAGACCAGAUUGGUUAAAAUUCUUCUUUAUUAAUGACAGGAUUUGGUCCAUUUUGGUCUGAAUCAUCCUAAUGAGUGAAGGGGAACUGAUUUUGUAUAAACCAGGUCUAGCCCCCUAGGGGCCUGAAGGUUCAGGCCCUAUAGUGGAAAUAUAGCAAUUACUUAAACAUCUUUCUUCUGUAGAAAUGAAAAGGAUCCAUAUUUUGUCCUUUAGUGAAGAAGAAAAUGUGAGCUUGGCUCCCUCUGGUCCGAAGGGCGAGGUCAAAUACAGGAUAUAAAGCCAAUUCUUCAGAAUUCUUCUGUAGAAAUGUAGAGUGUUUUACCUUAUUUACUGCCAUAUCCAGUUGAGUAAUACAGGCCCUCUGGGUUUCUUGUUAGAAAUGACAUCAAUUCACUUAUGUUGUUUUUUGAAAAUAAAAUCUCCAUUCUGA